CUGUACCCUUCUCUAUAGACCCAAGGCAGCAUUGUCUCAAAUGACACUGCCUUCAGAGUUGCUGGAAAAAACCAUGGUUGAAACUGGGAGUACCGGUUUUGGCGCACUGUUCCGUUCGCAGAGGGUCGAUAUGGAAAGUCUGCAGAAACAUUUUCACUCCGUUCUGCUACAAGAUUUUAGAAGACAGCUGACACUCGAGCAGAGGCCAUCAUACGAGAAGACCACUGUCUUUGGAUUUUUGGAUUUCUCACCCUUCAUGACGUCUGCAAUGGAGAGUGUCGUACAAGAUAACUUCUCCAUAUGCUUCGAAUGCAUGCCCCGCGAGCCGUGGAAUUGGAACCUGUAUCUGUUCCCGAUGUAUCUACUAGGUGUGACGGCCAGGUAUCUCGUGCUGCUGCCUCUACGGCUUGGUAUUGUCUUCUUGGGACUGCUCACUUACUUCGUGGGCUAUGUGUUGACGUUGCUUAUACCUCGAAAGUACAGCAACAGGAAGUUGCAGAUACAGAGGAGAUGUCUGCAAUUGCUUGCCAACUGCUGGGUGGCUUCGUGGGCGGGUGUCAUCAAAUACCACGGGUCCUGCCCGCCACCCGGGCCUAAUCAGAUUAUAGUGGCCAAUCACAGCACGGUGUUGGAUAUAAUUCUGAUGCUGAAUGAUCGGAUAGUAUCUCUUAUCGGUCAGAAACACGGUGGAACUUUGGGCUUUUUCCAAGAACACGUGCUCAAUUGCAUGAACAAUCUGUGGUUUGACAGGCUGGACACAAAAGAUCGAACCUCUAUGUCUGGGAGAAUCAAAGAGCAUAUAAUGGAUCCAGCCUCGCCCCCGUUGAUGUUGUUCCCAGAAGGUACCUGUGUGAACAAUGAAUAUGCCGUGAUGUUCAAGAGAGGUGCAUUCGAUCUCGAUGCUACCAUCAUACCGGUAGCGAUUAAGUACAAUCGAUUGUUCGGGGAUGCCUUUUGGAACUCGAAGUUGCACUCCUUCCCGCGGUACUGCCUGCGUUUGUGGACAAGUUGGUGCGUGGUGGCUGAUGUGUGGUAUUUGGAAGCACAGACUAUACGCCCGGGUGAAACCAGCAUACAGUUCGCGGCCAGAGUGAAAGAAAUGAUCUGCACGCAGGCUGGGCUGACAUCCGUGCCCUGGGAUGGGUAUCUCAAGUAUUUCCGCCCCUCUGAGAGAGAGAAGAGAGCGAGACAGGCUGUGUUCGCUGACCUCAUCAAGCAGAGAUUCGAUCUCAGCUGAGAUAUCGGCAGAAUAUGUGUAUGAAGCUGGAACUCCUGAGUAAAGGCAUCGGUUUGCACGCAGGGGAGCUGUGCAAACUGGCUGCGUAUGCAGUAAGGUUUUGCAGUCAGGUAACGAAGCGCGGAAAACAGUGUAUGUGAUCAAAUAUCGAAACCUUUACGGACGCGUCACCAAACGAUCAUUUGCCCACCAUAUGCUCCGUGCGUGAUUUCCACGAUACAAUUUCUUCCAUGGGGUUGGAUAUCGCGUACUCUAUUCUAUAAUACCUAUUUGUCGACAACGUACUAUGUACGCAUGUAUUCAAUCCAUGUCGUCAAUUAGCAGUAUCACACGCCAACGUACCUACCGUGGCUCAGUUUUACAGCCGAUACGAGUUGCACGUCUCGUAACCAACCCAUGGGCGAUCAGAUUAGCCCUUUUUUUCUACGACUCUUUCGCUGAAGGCUCUGUUGCAGUAUUUCUGACGUACACUGGCUGAGCAGAAUAUCUAGUGAGUCACAAUAAAGCACAGCGGGAACUGAGAAGAUCUAAACGUUUAUAUCUUCUCGCUGUACGCAGAAAUUGGAUGCGAUCUUGUAAGUACGCAUCUAUCGAAAUUGAGCUUUUAUCUCCAGCUUUCGUAGACAAGCACUAAGCUCGCGACCGUCUGUCAUGGUGGAUCAAGUGUGUCUGGUGCAAACCUUUCAGACAAAAGCAUGAAACGUUCAUGUUUUCAAGAGGACGAGAUAUUCGCAGGCACGCUAUUCUCAUGUAGCAAGGCCUGCGCAAUCAAACAAAGUUUUUCUUCUGGGACAUAUGCUCAAAUAUGAAAAUCCUAUUCAUAGAGUAUUCUGUUCAUUUUUUAGAUAUAUUGUGAACCUAUAUAAAUACUGAUAUCUCAGUGGUCUGUGAGGCCCAGUGAGCCGUUGGUAUGGCAAAAAAGCCACAGAGAUCGACCAC